UUCACCAAUCACCACCAUAAUUCACAUGCAUAUCCCUCUCUUCUUCUUAUUUGUCCUCUAACCAAUUUUCACGGGGUGCUAUAACUUAAAUUCUGUAGAAUAAUGGACCUAUCCACGUCCAUUUUGAUACUUUCAUUUGUAGCAAUUUACAUCGUCUGGUUCAUCCGAUCGGUCGUCGCCGUAUCGAUCAAGGGCCCGAGAGUGUGGCCCGUUAUCGGCAGCUUGCCGGCCCUUGUAGCCAACGGCAACCGUAUGCACGACUGGAUCGCCGACAACCUACACGCCUGCGGCGGCACGUACCAGACAUGCAUUUUCGCAGUUCCCUUCCUUGCCCGGAAGCAAGGACUCGUCACCGUCACGUGCCACCCCAAGAACUUAGAGCACAUUUUGAAGGUUAGGUUCGACAAUUACCCCAAGGGCCCCACGUGGCAAGCGGCUUUCCAUGAUCUCCUCGGCGAAGGCAUUUUCAACUCCGAUGGGGACACGUGGCUGUUCCAGCGCAGGACAGCUGCGCUGGAAUUCACCACAAGGACGCUGCGUCAGGCAAUGUCUAGGUGGGUCAGCCGCGCCAUCAAGAUGCGGUUCUGUCCCAUGUUGGAGACCGCUCAGCUCGAGGGGAAGGCGGUCGAUCUCCAGGACCUCCUUUUGCGUAUCACAUUUGACAACAUUUGUGGGUUGGCCUUCGGGAAGGACCCGCAGACCCUGGCUCCGGGCCUUCCGGAGAACAGCUUCUCUUUGGCGUUUGACCGAGCGACUGAAGCCACACUACAGCGCUUCAUCCUUCCAGAGUUCAUCUGGAAGCUAAAGAAGUGGCUCGGGCUUGGAAUGGAGGUCGACUUGAGCAAGAGUCUGAAACAUGUUGACCAAUACUUGACAGAUGUCAUCACCGCACGUAAGACUGAGCUGGUGAGCCAGAACCCAGAGACCGGGUCCCAAUUACAUGACGACCUGCUCUCCAGGUUCAUGAUUAAGAAGAGGGAGUCAUACAGCGACAAGUUCCUACAACACGUGGCACUCAACUUCAUCCUCGCGGGACGCGACACCUCAUCCGUGGCGCUGAGCUGGUUCUUCUGGCUAGUCAGCCUCAACCCGAGGGUUGAAGAGAAAAUCCUCAUCGAGCUUUGCUCCGUCUUAACGGAGACGCGUGGCUCGGACACCUCCAAGUGGCUCGAAGACCCGUUGGUCUUCGAUGAAGUUGACCGGCUAAUAUACCUAAAAGCGGCCUUAUCAGAAACCCUCCGUCUCUACCCUUCAGUGCCAGAGGACUCGAAACACGUCAUCCACGACGACGUGUUGCCAGACGGGACGUUCGUUCCCGCGGGCUCGAACAUCACUUACUCGAUAUACUCGAGCGGGCGGAUGAAGUUCAUAUGGGGAGAAGACUGCCUCGAGUUCAAGCCCGAGAGGUGGCUAUCGGGAGACGGGAAGAAGUUCGAACUCGACGACCAGUUCAGGUUCGUGGCGUUCAACGCGGGGCCGAGGAUAUGCCUGGGCAAGAACCUGGCGUACCUGCAAAUGAAAUCGAUAGCGGCGGCGGUGCUGCUCCGCCACCAGCUCAAGGUGGCUCCGGGACACAAGGUGGAGCAGAAGAUGUCACUCACGCUCUUCAUGAAGUAUGGCCUCCUUGUCAACGUCUUCCCCCGAGACUUGGCGCCAAUCUUGGCCAAAAUUCCGUCCGAAUAGAAUGUGAUUGACAAAGUCAAAGGUGUGACAGUCAAUGGAAGAAGAACUUAUUAUACGCGCACACGCAUACAAAUAUACCGGCCUCAUUGUACGUUUUGACGACGCGGUCCAUUGGUGUCAUGUUUAUAUUUUAUUUAUUUUUUUGAAGUUAUAUCUAUAUAGUGUCCUUAUUUUAAUUUCCAUAACGUUAAAAAUGUCCUUAAUUGUCACAAAUUCAAAGAGAAAGAUCACUAUACUUUUAUUUGUAAUUCUUCAUCCGCUGUAAUUAGUUUAUUAAGGAAAUGUGUUUUAUAUAUUUCUCUUGAACUAAUAAGUUUCAAAAACCAUU